AUGUUGCUGCCUUUGUUGAAUGCGUUUUGGAAUGAGGAUAUCUGGUUGCCGCCUAAUACAACAUGGGCUGAUCUGGCGCCCGGACCAGAUAAGGCAGUAAUUUAUACGGACCACAGGCAUGUCUUUUUUCCGAUACCGUUAGCACUGGUCUUCAUAACUCUUCGCUAUAUAUUAGAAAGAUUUGUAUUUGCACCUUUUGGACGAUACCUCGGCAUUAAAGAUGUCAAGCCUAGAAAACCACCAUCCAACCCAAAGCUUGAAGUUGCAUAUAAAACUUCUCCGAGGACCAAACAGCAAAUAUGCAGUCUCGCGAAACAGUUGGAUAUGUCGGAGCGCCAAGUGGAAAGGUGGCUACGGAAGCGCAAGUGCCAGGACAAACCCUCGACCCUGGUUAAAUUCUGCGAGAACAUGUGGAAGUGCACCUUCUAUAUCUGUAACUUUAUUUUUGGUCUCAUCGUACUGUGGGACAAGGACUGGCUUUGGGAUAUAGAUCAAUGCUAUCUGGGCUAUCCCCAUCAGGGCCUCACUCCGGAUAUUUGGUGGUACUACAUGAUAUCGGCAGCCUUCUACUGGUCCCUCACCAUAUCUCAGUUCUGGGAUGUUCGUCGUAAAGACUUCUGGCAGAUGUUCGUUCACCACAUCGCCACCAUCUUGCUGCUGUCUUUCAGCUGGGUGUGUAACCUUCAUCGGAUUGGUACACUGGUGCUGCUGCUGCAUGAUUGUGCUGAUAUAUUUGUUGAGGCGGUGAAAGCAGCAAAGUAUGCAGGAUACCAAAAGCUGUGUGAUAGCCUGUUCCUAGGACUCAUUGUUACAUGGAUUAGUACCCGAGUUGGAAUUUUCCCAUUCUAUAUCAUUUGGAGUACAUCAAUCCGCGCCCCCAUGCUGCUACCAAUGUUCCCGGCCUACUACAUAUUUAACUCUCUACUAUGUUUGCUACUGAUACUGCAUAUUGUGUGGACUUGUCUGAUACUACAGAUAGCUUAUAUUACUAUUAAGGCUGGUCAGAUGGAAGGAGACAUUCGUAGUUCCAGCUCAGAACUGAGUGAGAGCCCCAACCAUUCAAACCACAGCUCACCCACACGAGCCAACAAUAAAAAGCAUACAUAA